AUGCGCUUCACAAGCCAGCUCUUUUUGUUGCCAUUGGCAGCAUUUACCGCUGCUCAAAGCAACACUACCUAUUCUGUCAAGACCCCUCCAUUGACGACGAAUUGGACUUAUGAAGUUGGGACGAAUCCUUGGCCUGAGUAUCCUAGACCACAAUUGCAACGGUCACAAUGGCAAAACCUCAAUGGAAUCUGGAGAUAUGAAAAUGCAGCCAGUUUGAAUGCAACUGAAGAUCCACCAUUUGGUCAGACGCUUGAAAAUGAAGUCUUGGUACCGUCUUGUUUAGAGAGCGCACUUUCAGGUAUCAUGGAAACUGAUCGUCUCUACUCGUGGUUCUCGACCAACUUUACCGUACCAUCUUCCUGGUCUAGCAAUCAAGUGUUACUCAAUUUCGGAGCAGUCGAUUAUGAAGCUACCGUCUAUAUCAAUGGUCAGCAAGCUGGUUUCAAUCGUGGAGGAUAUUACAAAUUUACAGUUGAUGUAACCAACUACACUAAGUUUGAUGAAGACAAUGAGCUACUUGUCUUUGUCCACGAUCCCACCGAUUCUGGUGACUAUGUCAUUCCAAUGGGCAAACAGACUCUACGCCCAUCUCACAUCUUCUACACACCAUGCAGCGGUAUCUGGCAAAGUGUCUGGGUCGAAUCUGCACCAGCCGACUUCAUCACUCAACUAGAUGUGGAUGCAAACAUGGAUGGCCAAGUCAACAUUACGGUCCACAGUUCCUCCGGAACUCCCACACCAGUCUCAGUAACCAUAUACGAAAGCGGAUGUGAAGAAGCUAUUGCAACACACAACGGCACCUCAGACUCUCCUUUCCAAUUCAGCGUUUCUUCGCCCUCUCUCUGGUCGCCGGAUUCUCCUACUCUUUACAAUAUGAGUAUUACUUUCGGGUCCGAUGUUGUGCGGAGUUAUACUGGAUUCCGCACCAUCUCGAAGGGUACGGUAAAUGGUGUUGUACGACCGCUUUUGAACGGGCAACCGUUAUUCAUGUUUGGGACUUUGGAUCAAGGAUUUUGGCCUGAUGGGAUUUAUACUCCACCAAACAGAGAGGCUAUGGUUUAUGACCUAGAAGUACUGAAAAGCCUUGGAUUCAAUAUGCUGAGGAAACAUAUCAAAGUAGAAAACGACCUUUUCUACCAGGCUUGCGAUCAAAUGGGUCUCCUUCUAAUCCAAGAUAUGCCUGCUCUUCGACCGUUGCAGAGCUAUACCCUGGCAAAUUGCACCAGUAUAACGUAUCUUCCUGAUCCGGAUCAGCAAGCUGAGUUCACGAGACAACUGGAACUGCUUGUAAACCAGCAUAAAAGUCAUCCUAGUAUUGCUGUUUGGAUUAUUUACAACGAAGGCUGGGGUCAAAUAAUCCAAGGCUAUCCUGAAUUCGGCCUCACAGCACUCGUCAAGUCUCUUGACCCUACGAGAUUAGUAGAUAGUACGACAGGAUGGUAUGACCACGGAGCUGGAGACUUUAGUGACAACCACCACUAUGCCAACCCACAAUGUGGCUCCCCAUUCUACUCCACCGCCUCUUCACCUUAUGACCCCACCCGCAUCGGCUUCCAAGGUGAAUUCGGCGGAAUCGGCAACAACGUCUCAAUCGAACAUCUCUGGAACGUCCAAGAAGCAAUCAACACGAUCAACCAAACCUACGAGAUCGACCAAACGCUCGACGCAUGGAGUUACAGAGCACAUAAACUACUGACCGAGUUGUUAGAGCAGACGGAGAUGUAUGCUUGUAGUGGCGGGGUAUGGACGCAAACUACGGAUGUAGAGGGCGAGGUGAAUGGGCUGUUGACUUAUGAUCGGAGGGUGUUGAGGCCGAAUGUUACGCAGUGGAGGGAUGAUAUUGAGGCGCUGUAUGCGGCGUUGAAGAGUAGGGCGUCGAAUGAGACGAGUGGGAUGAUGUUGUGA